AUGAUAUUAGUUCCAGAACUGGUUACCAGAUGUCGCUGUACCAGUGGUCGUAGACUUAAGUGCGAGCUCGCGGCGGGCCCUGAGCCGCCCGCGGACGUGAGGCGCGCCACGUCUAGAGAGAUAAAACAGCGCGGGCUGCGCACCCGCAGCGAUGUGUACAAGACUAACACUAACUCGUUGAUAGAGACUUACAUUAACAGCUACGAUUUAGUCCAGCACGACCGACCUGACACCACUCGCCUCUACGUCUGUCGUACGAAUCUAGUCUUUAUGCACCCGAUAGGAAAGUCGAAAGUGACUCGUGUUAGCCGAACGGUUCAGUGCGAGCCGUACCCCACAACACUUAUACGCGACCGAUCCGAAUGUAAUGUAACUGUUCGGGUAACGUUUAGUAAAAUGCACGGUGUCCAUGGCAACGCGCGGUCGACGACCCCGCCGCCUCGCGGGGUCGGCGACCUCGCUAAUGGCCGCCUCCUCGCCGACGUUAAACAUACGAUAUCAAAUGCUAAACUUCAAUUAUAA